CCCAGUCCCACUUGUCCCAGCCCCUUCUUUGCAUCCGCCCGUUUUCCUGCUCCAACCUCUCCAUCCAGCAUCACAAUUUUCCAAUCGUGUCAAACCCUGAGACUUGCCAAACGCUUCAGUCCUCCUCCAUAACCCUCCCAUAUUUUAUUUUACUAGGGAAUCCUAGGAGUUGCUGUGUUUGUUGCCCCGGUGCGAGUCGCUUGUUUGACCUGUCAACAUCAACACGAUCACCUGCUACCUUGCGCGAUUUGUUGAUUUGAACAUCGCUGUCGCUGUCACGCAACCUCACCUCGCCGUCCAACCUCUCACCUUGCGACUCUUGGGCUCUUGCGACUCUCUUUGAUCCGUACCACCACCCGCCGCCGACCACGCAUUUUCAUCCCGCCUGGGAGCACCUUCACUUCGUGCCCACUCCAUUCUGCGCCCUCACAAUAACAACAACAACGAUAAUAGUCACCUGCUCCCCACUGCCAAUUCAAUUGACGUUUGUCUCUUUAUUCAAAGCAAUCGAACAAUGGCGGAAAUCAUGGAACCACCCUACCCGGCGACUCCUUCUCCCAGCUCCAGAGUCAGAACUCCUCCUGCCCCUCACCUGGGCUACUCCGACUCCUACGAGCCUUACACUCCUCGCAAGUCAUCCCGUAUUGCCAACCGCGCUGCCAACCGUACUCCCUCUCCCAGAGUUCCAUCAUCGCGUCGCCAACAUCAGCAACAUUCCGACCGGCCCGAGGAAACUUCAGAGGGUUCUCCCAAGUCAAUCAACCAAAAGAAGAAGUCGACCAUGGGUACACCAAGCGUUUCCCCUCAAAAGAAGCGUAUCGCCGCCAUGGAUUCUCCUCGUCGCACCCUCACCGCCGCCAGUGUUUCCGAUGCCGCUUCUGCCCUUGGCUUCACCAAGAAGUCAGCCGGCCUUCUUGCGCCUCGCACCACUGUCGCCAGCAGCAGCACCGGGAUGCUAAUCACCCCCGCCAAGACCCCCCAGAAGCCUCCUACCGAGGAGUCCAAGGCCAAGGUGGAAGCGUUUGCCCGCACCCUGUUCCGCGCUGAGGAUGAGGUCAUGCCCUCCCCUAGAAGGGCCCGCACCCAGGCCCACACCUUGGACAGCUUCACUGAGCAAGGCUCGGAUGAGUCGUUCCAUAUUCACGUCGACUCGCAUGAGCGCAUUCCCGAGGUCGACCGCAGCAUUGACAACCCCUUCUAUGUCGAGCCCUCAAGGGCCGCUGCCCCCUCGGCUCCUCGUCGCAGCCAGCGCCAGAUGGUCAGUGUUCCCGGCGAAGGCCAGAUCACAAUUGAAGAGGCCAUUCAGCGCGAGGAUGGUUUGGUCACCGUAUUCCGUGGCAAGAAGCAAUUCCACCUUUUCAAGAAGCGCGCCUCAGAGAAUAUCGAGGGUGGUUUGGAAAGUGCUGUCGAGGCGCCCGUGAGAAGACUCACCCGCGCCAGUGUCAAGCCCAGACUCCUCUUCCCUGUUGCCAAGCCCGAUGUGCCCGCCAUCUCGAUUGAAGAUGAAGAGGCGGAGACCGACAUCGAGGACCACGUGGUUGAGGAAGCCGCCCAAACUCUCCCAAUCACCCCAGCCGAAGCAGUUGAGAAGGUUCCCGGUACGCCCGAGGCCCCGCGUUUUGCUCCAGCCUCGCCGCCCACCACAGUGCGUGCCACUCGCAAGAAGGCCACGCCAACAGCGGCGUCGAGGGGCAAGCAAGCUAGCAAGCAAGCCACCAUUAAGGGCUGGCGCCAAACCAAGGCUGGCGUUUCCCCCACGACCACCAGCCAGAAACGGUCUGCAGAGCCUCUGCCUGUGGCCGGCCCAUCAAAGCGUGCUAGGAUUUGAUUUGGCUUAGGUGUUGUUGGCGCAGGUUUUCGGCAGAAAAAACUCCCAUCUGAAUAUUCGACGACAAAGUUUGGCGACAUUGGUUCGGAGUUUGGCAAAUGCAAUUACGGGUUAUCUUGUUUUGGGUUCUUUCUUUUCGGCACAGGUUAACAGCAUGCAUUCUACAUUCUCGUUAUUAUUCUUCAGCUGGGUUGUGAAGCCAUAUUAAGCUCACGACAUAAGAGUUUUAUUGCCCUUUUUUUCGUUUCUUUUUUUUUCCUGUCCUUUCUUCACGACGACGACGGGGAUAACCUUGAUGACACUAGUACGUAAGGGUAUCGAAAGGGGAUGGGGGGAGUCCUUGAACACACUUGGUUGCUAUCACACUUGAGGGUUUUGGGCUUGUCUAAUCGUGGGACAUGGGGAGUCUAUGAAGGGAUGGAUGGGAUUAAUUGAUUGUUGGGUCAUGUCAGAAUUAGGAAGAAUCGGGUAGCUGGGAAUGCGCUACGUCAAUAUUUGUAGAUUAGUUGAAGCACAGCAACAGAAGCACAGGCAAGCCAAUCAAGAACAUUUUUGUUGUUGUCA